UUCUGCUGUACGACGAUUGCCGAUCUGAAAGUUUCGGAAGACUUCGGUGGUUUUCUAUUUAUAUCUCGAUCCCCAUUUGAGAGAAAUGGAAGAAAUUGGCGAAUUAAGUGUUUUGCAUGAUUCUUUAUUUCAUGCACGAGACGAUUUUGAGGUUAUGUUUUUCAGACAAGUCCCUGCAAAUAUCAUGUAGACGAUCCCAGACACAAGAAAGUUUGCAAACCCCUAAUGCUGGCUUUUAAAAUAACAAUGAUUAGAGAACCCCCCUUUGUAAAAACAUUGGUGAAGGAAAUGGACAGCCGACCAGUAAAACUGCCAAAUUCCAUAGAAUCCUUCAUGGACAAGUAUCUAGAAAUGAAAAGCCAGACGGCCCAGAUUGACGUUCCCAACUUCCAUAAUUUACACUUUUCCGACCUCAUUACCAGACCAUUGACUUCUCUCUACGCUCUCGAACAACUCGGUCCCCUGAACAACUUUGAUGAUGGCAAGCUCGUGAUUCACGUGAUCGGCUCUACUGACUUUGAACUUGCCACACAGACGCCUUGGUCUUUCAUUUCCAUGUGGCUCCGACAUUUUCUAAAAUCUCUGAAGGUCGUUUCCAUUGGUCCGGAAUUGACGCUCACGGAGAUGGCUUAUAAUUUUGGGACAGGAAUUAGAUUCCCUUUGAAUGAGGACAAAUCUUUUAGAGCAGAAUCUAGUGCAACUCGAUACGAUGGAUAUUUGAGAGACAACGAUUCCGUGAAGCCAAACAUCAUAAUAGGAUUUAAUCUUGACCUCCACGAGAGGGAAUAUGGGAUUGCGACUUGCACGUGAAAAGAAACGACGUUGACUUUGAAGAAAAUGAAAGUUCCUUUUUUACUCACAGGAGGAACGGAGACAAGAGCUCUAAAAGAUCAUGAAAAAUUGUGAACUCUUCUGGAAAAAUCGCUUGAUUAUAUUUGUUUGAAGCGAAAUCCUUUCGAUGGAUUAAUUCCUGAGAGGGACAUUGCGACUGCGGAAGUGCGUUAUUGUAAUCAGUACUUGAUUGACUAUGAUGGAUCAUACAACGGAUCAAAGAAGUCAAAAGGAAAUGAGGAUGAAGGUGAUCAUCCAAAUCUUGUUGGUGAUGAUGAAGUAGUUGGAGGAUCGAAAAUUCGAAAAAGGGAGAGGAAAAGACGAUGAAAUGCCGGAACUGUUUGUCAAUAUCGAAAGAAAAACAUGA